CAUCAAACAGGUACGCUACCUCCUAACAUUUUCAAGGUCAGAGGAUGGCCUUACGCGUAUUUGGUGUUUCACCUUCCAAGUUAUUGCGUAGACCAGAUGGAAAUUUUUUUCGACAUUCUCAACGUCAGUCAUCACAUCUCUUUGUUCACAGAGAAACACCUGAAAAUAAUUCUAAUACAGCUUUCGAAUUUUCCGCAGAAAAUAGAAAAAGACUGGAUGUCAUAAUAUCAAACUAUCCACCUGCUCACAAGGCUGCUGCCAUAAUUCCUGCUUUGGAUUUAGCUCAACGACAACAUGGAUGGUUGCCAAUAUCCGCCAUGAACAAAGUUGCAGAAAUUCUCAAUGUCCCAUCAAUGAGGGUUUACGAAGUAGCCACAUUCUAUACUAUGUUCAACAGGGAACCAGUUGGGAAGUAUCACAUUCAGAUAUGUACUACAACCCCAUGUAUGCUAGGGGGUGUAGGGUCGGAAGUUAUUUUAAACACUCUCAAAAAGACACUUGGUAUUGAAUCGGGCCAGACUACACCUGAUAAAAUGUUUACUUUGACAGAAGUGGAGUGCCUUGGGGCUUGUGUAAAUGCACCCAUGAUGCAGAUUAAUGAUGAUUAUUAUGAGGACCUAACAGAAGAAGAUACAGUUCGUAUUGUUGAAGAAAUAAAAGCUGGGAAAAAGCCAAAACCUGGUCCACAAAGUGGACAAGGUGGACGCUUUGCAUCAGAGCCGAAAGGUGGUUUGACAUCACUAAAUACAGUACCUAAAGGUCCCGGAUAUAAAGUCCGUUCGGAUUUAUAACCUUUGUAGCUAAUCAUUAUUUAUGAGUUUGUUAUCAGUUUACAUAGUGAAUUAUUUCUCUGUCUAAUAAAUUCAACUUUG